CAAUAAGGAAGUAAAAUUAAGUCAACUGAUGCAGAAAGGGAGACUCUCCACUACGAAAGAACGCCUCCCACUCAAACACUUUACCACUAACACUGACCAAUGUGGAAGUGAGAUUUUAGCUGAAGCAGAAAAUCAUGAAGUGAAAGUAAAACACAAGGUGACAGAAAGUUCCAAAAUGAGGUGCCCCGUCUUCUACAUCUGCUUCCUGCUUUGUCUCUGCCUUGGUCUGGCCUGUGUCUUCUGCGUGUGUUUGUGGUUCAAUCGAUGGAAUGGCGGCUUCGCUUGGGACGGAUCAGAACUGCAGUUCAACUGGCAUCCGGUGCUGAUGGUGUCAGGUCUGGUGGUGGUGUACGGCAUUGGUGCCGUGGUGUACCGUAUCCCUCUGACCUGGCGUCAGAAUAAACUUCCCUGGAAGCUGCUUCACGCUGCACUGAUGCUGCUCGCUCUUAUCCUGUCAAUCAUUGGCCUCCAGGCUGUGUUUUAUGUCCACAAUGCCAAAGGAAUUCCUCCACUUUACUCCUUACACAGCUGGGUUGGAAUUGCUGCCACGGCACUGUUUGCCACACAGUGGGCGGUGGGUAUGGCUGGUUUUCUCUUGCCCUGCUCCCCAAUGUCACUCCGUAAACUCCUCAAACCAGUCCACGUCUGGUUGGGUGGCAGCAUCUUAUUGCUCAGCACUGCUGCCUGCAUCUCAGGAAUCAACGAAAAACUCUUCUUUUCUCUUAAAGGAAACACCACUGGAUCUCAGCCAUACUCACAGCUACCACCUGAGGCGCUGUUUGCAAAUUCAUUAGGGGUUCUUAUCAUAGCUUUUAGUAUGGUUGUCCUGAAGAUUUUGUCCAACCAACAAUGGCAACAUCCAGACUCCAGGCCUGAAGAUACAGCUUACACACCAUUGUUCCAAGAAGAAAAUUAAUGAAGAAAGUGUCACUCAGAGGCGACUGUUUAAUUAUCACUGUUUUUGGAAGAAGAAUCAUUCAUGUCUUUGGAUAUUUAUGUGUUAAAUUAUUAUUAGAGAUUAAAAUAACAUGUUUCAUGAAAUUAUUUUUCUUUGGUGAUGAGUCAGUAAGUCAUGAGAAUGCUGACAAUUUAUCCUUAUUAAUAUUGCUUCUGUAUUCUCAGUCUUCCUCUUCCUGAGUUAGCUUUCUUGACCUUUUCUCUUUGACACUUGUCUAAAAUUCAUUAAAAAAAAAGAUAAAUAAAAA